AUGCAAAAGCGCGACAGCGGAGCCGGUGGUGGCGUCAGGCAAGCCUGUGGCAGCCUCUGUCCCAACAGGGUGCAAGAUUUGGCCGGCAGGUUGGGCAAAAAGCCGUGCAAAGUAGAGAGAAAGGUGCCACGGAAGAUCCUGCAUCCCAGAAGCUGCCCCAUAAUUAUUCAUAACGACCCAUCGCCGGACUCAAUAGAGACUGCUUUUGAAGCUGAUAAUUAUUCAGGAAUAAAUGAAGCGGAAGACAGACGCUUCCUUAAUUUAAUCGUCUGCGCCGAUGGCAAAAAGCAAACAAACCAACAACCGCAAUUGGCCAAACGCAAGUCUAACUUUCUUUGCACAUUGCCUCUGGUACACGUCUGUCAGCCUUUGAAGUUGGUUUCCAAUGAUUGGCUUGUGGUUUCCCUUUUAGCCUUUGCUACCAUCGAUUGGCAAGAUUUAGCUGACUGCACCUCAGCCUUUCAGCGGGAAGCUUCUAUAGACGCCGCUCUUCAUCAGAGCCCUUCCUUGCAACCCGAGAAUGACUUUGAUUUCCAGGAGUUUCGAGAUGCCGUGGAUAACUUCUUAUCUGAUCCUUCUCCUCUGAUGGCUCCUCUGCUGGAUUUUCCUUUCCCCGUGGAUAGUGGAAGCCCCCCCAGUCCCUGCCUCCAGAAACCUAUAGAAAUCGAUCUGAAUCUAGAGAGUGUCUCAUCCACUGAGCAGUACUGGAAAGAAUUGGCAGAUCAAAACCAAAAGGCGCUGGGGGAUGCACUUGUGGAAAAUAAUCAGCUUCAAGAGACAUUGACCCAAAAGCAAGAAGAAAUUGCUUCUCUUAAGGAGAGAAAUGUCCAGCUAAAAGAAUUAGCCAGCCAAGCCAAACAGCUUGCUUCUGUACUAGAUAAAUUGAUGCUUCCUCAGAGCAAAGACAGUGCUGACCUUUCCCUGAGCUGUGGCCCUGGCAAGAGAAGCCUUGAGCAGAUGUCAGUUCCUGAGCAUGAGGAGGACAUGGAAGUGAAUGAAAUCUUAAGGGAAAUAUCGGAAAAAUGCAAUGCAGCCCUGCAAUCCAUCGAUGACGACAGAGGCCCGAAACGUCCUCGUGGAGAGAAUGAAGCUGUCCACAUGUAUGGAGCUUUCCAUGGGCUGCAGACGUGCAGCAGUCACAGUUCCCUGGACUUGAGUGGAAGUGAAUUUGAGGAAGGGGUGUCCUUCAAGACGUCCAUCAAAGAGCAUUGUAACAUUAAGACACUGGCCUUUCCACAAGGCAAUGCUUUUACUGUUAGGACAGCCACUGGGGGCUACAAAUUUAGAUGGGUCCCCAGCUGA